AUGCCCGAGCCAGAAGCCAUUCCGGAGUUCCAGGCUACUGCCGCCGACCUCUCGCCUCUUUCUCCAUCCCCUCUGCACUCCGCCGCUCCCGCCGUUGUGCCUGUCCUCCAGGAUACUGCUGACAUCCUCGAUGCAAUGUCCACCCAAACUAACGCAAUCGCCCAAGGCGGCCUGAACGCAGUCGCUCCCGGGUACAAGGCUGCGGCUGAAAUCACAAACGGCACCGCCAGCCAUGACGCUGCUGCCGACGCCAACGCCAACGACCAGGACGACGACGACGACAGCCUCAACGCCUAUGGAGAGGAAGAAGAGACGAGCGCGGACAAGGUGCAGGAGCAACAAGUGGAGCAAGAUGCCGAGGAUGAAUACCUCAAGUACCUCGACUCUCAGGUCGAGGAAGGCGCUGAACAGGAUGAUGUAUCAAAGGCACCAGAAUCCAUGCACAAUUCCGCCGCGUCUGAUUCCUUGACAACCCAUCAAGUGGUUCCUCCGCCCGUCGCUGAUCCGUCCUCGGCCCGCCCUGCCGUCACCCAGGAGUCAAGCCCAUCAGCUACCGCCACCUCGCGCGAUGCCCACGUCGAGGAUGACCCCGCCAUUGAGAUCUCUCAACUGCUCACUGAGAUGACCGGCCAGGCCAGCGAUGCCAACGAUCAAAGCCCGGCUGGCUCCGCCAAUGCCUCUGCCACUGCUCAGAACCAUGAAGCCCAACCCGCCUCAAGCUUGUCAUCGUCCGCCGCUGCCGCCACCCUUCCUCCAAGACCUCCAAUGCCCACCCAGGCAUCUGUCAUCUACUCCAAUCAGAACCCCCAUCCAUCCAGUGCGGCCGCUCCGUACGUAGCCGCGGGUGCACCCGGCACCACGCCCGUCCAAAUGACUGCGCCGCCGUACUCCAAUCACCCUGACACUAAUGACCGCAAGUCGCACUAUGACCAGUUCCUCGAGGUCGAGCGCUCCUACAUGGCGGAGGCCAAGUGGGAUAAGUUUCCAGAUGGCUCACGCAUCUUUAUUGGUUCGCGCUCUCUCUCAUCAGGCCGACCUGACGGCGCCAUUGACUUCUUUUCAGGCAAUCUGUCGAGCGAACGUGUCUCCAAACGCGACGUAUUUGAAAUCUUUUGCAAAUACGGCCAGCUCGCCCAGAUCUCCCUCAAGAGUGCCUAUGGCUUCGUCCAGUAUCACAACCUGGAGGAUGCCCAAGCUGCUAUGAACAACCUCCAGGGCAUCGAGAUCAAGGGACGCAAGAUCCACCUUGAGUAUUCGAAAGUACAAAAGAGUAAGGGCGGCAAUGAGCGCAAUCGUUCACCCGACCGCGGCGGCCGUGGUGGUCGACAAGCGGGCCGUCAAGACCGGCAUGAGGGAGGCCACAACGAUCGACGUCGGGACGACUACAGACCUGGUCGCAACGCAUCUCCUCGCCGGAACGGCCAUGCUAGAGGCGACAGCUACGGCAGAGAUAGUCACGGCCGGGACCGCUACUACGACGACCGUGCUCGAGGCCGCUCCAGAUCCCCCCAGAGCCACGGCCGCAACGAUAAUUACCGCUGGCGCGAGCCCAGCCCGCCCAAGGCGUAUGAACGGCCUGGUGGAGAGCUUGACCUCCCUCGCCGCUACGGCAAUGAGGUCCCGGACGUCCAAAUUCUUCUUCUCCAAGAGCUUGCCAACGAAUUCGUCGCAUGGGUUCAGCAUCCCUUCACCGAAAAGGGUCUUAGAGUUGCUGUCAUGUUCUUCAACCCCAGAUUUCCUCGCGAGGCGCUCAUCUCACGACUGGCUGCGGAGGGUGUCCACGGCGUCGUCGACCUCGACAUGCAAGCUCACAACUACGGAAGGAUUCCCUUAAGAGUUUUCAAGCAAGCCCCUGGUGGCCAAGCCAUGUUCGAAGACUAUGACAACAUUGAGCCCAAAAUCGCGGCAGAGCUCGUCCUCAGGCAAAAGGCCAGUGCAGCCCCGCCAUACCAGCCUCCCCCUCAGCAGCCCUACCCGGGUUACGGCGGUCAACCUUACGGGGGCCAGCCUCCUGCCCAUGCGCCCGCCUACCCUCCCCAGGGACAGCGCAUCCCGCCUCAAGCUGUUCCUCAGGCCCCAGCCGUUAACCAGGCCGACAUUGCAAACAUCAUGAGCGGCGUCGACAACACCACCCUGCAGCAGCUGCUGGCGCAUUUUGGGGCGCAAGGAGGUGCGAAUGGCGGACCUGCGGCCGCGCAGAUUCAGGCAAUGCUUGGCGGUCUUCAAGCCGCACCUGCACCCGCGCCUCAGCCUGCUUCGUACGGCGGCCAGGCUUACGCCGUCAACGGUGCUGCAAAUGGCCAUGCAAACGGUCAUCCUCCUUCCGCACCCGCCGGCGGCGACCAGGCCGCGCAGGUUGAGAAUAUCAUGGCCCAGCUGGCUAAGUACCGACGGUGA